CUGGAGCGCGGCAUCCCGGAAGUGGGCUGAAGGCCUUUAGGCGUCGGCGUCGUCGACCUGGAGCAGCGGGCCGCCUGGGAGUCCCACUGCCGACAUGGCCCCCCAAGACGCGCGCUACCCCUACUCCUCCAUCGAGGACGACUUCAACUAUGGCAGCUGCGUGGCCUCGGCCAGCGUGCACAUCCGCAUGGCCUUUCUAAGAAAGGUCUACACCAUCCUUUCUCUGCAAGUUCUCCUAACUACAGUGACGUCUGCACUUUUCUUGUACUUUGAAUCUAUACGGACAUUUGUACAUGAAAGUCCUGUCUUAAUUUUGGUGCUUUCCCUUGGAUCCUUCGGUGUGCUUCUGGCAUUGACUUUGCACAGACAUAAGCAUCCGCUUAACCUGUACCUGCUUUCUGGAUUUACUCUGUUGGAAGCUCUGACUGUGGCCUUUGUUGUUACUUUCUAUGAUGUAUAUAUUGUUCUGCAAGCUUUCGUACUGACUACCGCGGUAUUUCUUGGUUUGACUGUAUACACUCUACAAUCUAAGAGAGAUUUCAGCAAAUUUGGAGCGGGAUUGUUUACUGCUUUGUGGAUUUUGUGCUUGUCAGGAAUCUUGAAGUUCUUUUUUCACAGUGAGACAGUGGAGUUGGUCAUCGCUGCUGUAGGGGCCCUUCUUUUCUGUGGAUUCAUUGUCUAUGACACACACUCGCUGAUGCAUCGGCUGUCACCCGAGGAGUAUGUAUUUGCUGCCAUUGACCUCUACUUGGAUAUCAUCAAUCUAUUCCUGCACCUGUUGCGGUUUUUGGAAGCAGUUAAUAAAAAGUGAUUGAAAGAAACGGA